UGCAAUCAGAAAGACGCUAGAAAUUCUUCUAAGCGUUUGAUUGACCAAUAAAGAUAAAGAGAGCAAAGAUUUCUUUAUUCUGAUUGGUUAAUGCAAUACUUUGAAACAUUUCUAGCGUCUUCUUGAUCGCAGCGCUAAAAGAAGGAUCUGUAAUUUAUUGAAUUGAUUAUGUGUUUAUAUCGUAUAUGUUUUGCUAUAAAUGCUAUAAUAUAGGUACUGUUUGUUGUUAUUUUUUAUCGUAAUCUAUUUUCUAUUAUCGAAGAUUAGAAAUACGAUGGUAGAAGAGGUCAUUAAUCCUAGCAAUAAACCGAAAAACAAAACAGCUCGACCUCGUCCGGUAUACUUGUGGAAUGUACUAGAUGUGCAAAAGUGGUUGAGGCGACAUUGCAGUGAUUAUUAUCAGCUGUACCAUGAAAAGUUUUUACAUCAUGAUAUUACAGGAAGGGUAUUGUUAAGAAUAAACGAAAAUAUUUUGCUUCGGCUCGGUGUUGACAAUGAGCAGCACAGGAUGGAUAUAUGGAGAGAAAUUAUGAAACUGCAUCUCAAAACAGACAUGCUAGAAAUUAGAGAUAUAGAGCGACGCAAUAAUAUAAACUUUGAUUAAACUUAUAUAAGGUGUUUAUAUAUUUUACAGUUAUAUUUUUAUAUGUAAUAUGCAAUAUAUAUUUGAUAUGAUUUACAAAAAUAAAAAAGAUUGCAUCUCUAA